CGCAGCUGAACUAUGAACAGCUCCGUUCUUCGUUUGCGUUAGAAAUGUUGUCUUUGUAUAUUUGUGCUACAGAGUCAACCACAGUCGGCUGAGAAGUUCUCAGAUUGACUUGCUUAUGUAUAGGUUCCUCGUAGCUCCCUUCAUCCCUGCGAUAAGAUGUGGAUCUGCGCUACUGUAUUUAACGUGAUCAUUAAUGGCACUGGUAAUGCAUUGGCAAAAAGCGUAGGAAAAUAAUUUUUUCAACUUUGGAGCCCCAUUCUACAUCCAAGAGGACUGAGCCAUACACAUUCAGGAGCCUCUGGAUAAAAUGCAUAACCGUGCGUGGAUGGUGCUAAGUUGCUUGGCGUAUGCCGCUGGAUACCAAGGAAGCACUGAAACAGGUCCUCCACGACAGGCCUACCUUCACCUAUCAGGUCCCAUCGUCGACAGACUCGGAACUGACGUUCUGGAAGUGCUGAAGGAGGCAUUCGAAAUGCUUCAUUUGGAAACGAUGAUAGUUGCUGGACGUGGUCACGGAUUGCGGCUGCUCCUGGGUCAAGUGGUGGGAUUUGAGAACACUCAGACGGGUCACCAGGUCAUUGAUGUAUUCGACGAUCAUAUGGAGACAACGAUCAGACUAAUGGUCCCAUAUCUCAACUAUUACACACCUGCUACAUACGUCACUGAAGACAAGACGUAUGGGGUGGACGUUAAUGUGACAGCAAGCCAUAUCUCGUACCUCGUUCGCUGCAAGUACAACGGGACGAAAAUGAAAGUGUCUUCCAUUGGUGACGGACGGUUUAAUGACCUUCAAGUAAGUCUUGACGUUAGGACGACGGAUGCAGACAAGGUACCGUAUCUCGAAGACAUGGUGUAUCGAUUUGCAAGAAAGGAUCUUACCAGGUAUGCUCGGUACCAUCUUCGGGAUCUUUUCGAGAGACUUGAUAUGCAUCAGCUGUUCGAAAACUGGAUUCAAGAAUUGCUCGAUCGGCUGAGUUAUUUUCAUGGUUAUCAUAAGCAGCAACAGUGAGGAUACGUCGAAAACGGUUUGCGUACGAGUGCCUAUGUCGUGCAGUUUGUUCUGCAAUAUAAGCCAGGUAAACGUAAGAGUAUCGUUGAAAACUCAUGAAAUAAAUGUGAAAAUUCCGUUGGUA